UGUCCCUGUGUCCCUGUGGUGGCACUGUGGCUGUCCCUGUGCAGGUGAAGGAGCUGGUCCUGGAUAACUGCCGCUCAGAGGAUGGCAAGGUGGUCGGUCUCUCCUCAGACUUUGAGAACCUGGAGUUCCUCAGCAUGAUCAACAUCAACCUGCUGUCCGUGUCCAACCUCCCCAAACUCAACAAGCUCCGGAAGCUGGAGCUGAGUGAUAAUAGGAUUUCUGGUGGCCUUGAAGUUCUAGCAGAGAAAACUCCCAACCUGACACACUUGAACCUAAGUGGCAACAAGAUCAAAGACAUCAAUACCCUGGAGCCCUUGAAAAAGUUGCCGAACCUCCACAGUCUGGACCUGUUCAACUGUGAGGUGACGAUGCUGAUCAACUACCGGGAGAGCGUGUUCGCGCUGCUGCCCCAGCUCACCUACCUGGAUGGCUUCGAUGCAGACGAGCAGGAGGCCCCUGACUCAGACCCCGAGGCAGAUGGGGAUGCACUGGAAGAUGAUUAUGAGAACGGGGAAGAAGGUGAGGAAGAGGAGGAUGAUGAGGAGGAAGAUGAUUUGGAUGAAGAAGUCAUUGAUGAUGAAGAAGAUGAAGAUGAUGAUCUGGAAGGAGAAGAGGAGGAGGAUGGAGUAGAUGAUGAGGUGAGGCUGUCACUGGUUCAGCACCAGGUCAUGUGUUUGUCCCUUCUCUGGUGUCACAGGAGCCUCUCUGGGGCAGAUCUCAGCAGUUUGCCUUCCACUCUGGCUUUUUCCCUGCACUCUGGACUCUCAAGAGCCAAAAACUCUGAGGGGUUUUCCAGUUCAGCCUUGGCCUGGCACUUGCCAUGGCUCUGAGUGAUUGGAUCCAUGCAGCCCCAUCCCCUUGGAGAAGCAGCAGCUCCUCCUGCCUCCCUGAGGCUUCAGUGGGGUGGGAGAGGGGAGGGAAGGCUGGGGUUACUGCUCAUGGAAUUGUGGUUCUUGCAACAAAGCCUCUUGUUUUCACUCCAGGAGGAAGAUGAGGAGGAAGAUGGUGAGGAGGACGAAGAAGAUGAAGCUGAGGAGGACCAUCCGCGUGGGGAGAAGAGAAAACGAAGUCUAGAGGAUGAAGGAGAGGAAGAUGCAGAGGAUGAAGAGGAUGAUGAGGAUGACUGAUCUCAGCGAGCCAAUCAGUUUUACAGACUCUGUGCUUGUCUUAACCUCCCCAUUGUGUCUGUGUGAGACUGUAAAUCCCUGUCUCCCACUCCUCCUCCUCCCCCUUUGUAUGGCUGCAGCGUCCACAAUAUAUUUUUUUAAGAUUUAGAAUACUGUAGGCAUUCAGGGGAAUUUUCCAUACAAGGCUCACUUUUUUCUCACAAGUAUCUCAUGACCAAAGGCUUUUCUCCGUUCGGUGGUUUGUGCAGCAGCUUGCAAAAAAAAAAAAAA